AUGUCGUCCCCUACAGUAUCAGCAAAGCCUGAAUGCUCGAAGGAACAGCCUGAGUCGGCUCCGGAUUCCAAGAUCGAUCACGCGGCCUCGUUGAAGUAUUGGAACGAUGUCCCUGCUACCUCCAACGGCAUGCUGGCCAUGCUCGGCGAUUAUCCGUGGUAUUCCCGCAUCGACCUACGAGGAUCGCGGGCCUUCUUGGCCAAAGUGCGUCGGCUUUUACCAUCCUGCAACACAGAAGGCAAGCUCAAGCUGGGGGUGGACUGUGGUGCAGGAGUCGGACGGAUAACGGAAGGGUUCCUCAGUCAGGUCUGCGAGGUUGUGGAUGUGGUGGAACCGGUCGCGAAGUUCACCGAGGUCGUGCACAACGGCUCCCUGAAGAAGGAUGGUAUUGUCGGGGAUAUCUACACUGUGGGGCUUGAGAACUGGUAUCCGGAGAAGAAGUACGAUUUGAUCUGGACGCAGUGGUGCGUGGGACAUCUGACGGAUGCGCAAUUGCUUGAAUAUGUGAAACGAUGCCGGGCCGCCUUGACAGAGACUGGCAUUAUGGUGGUCAAGGAGAACCAAUCUACGGAUAUCAACGGGGAGGACAUGUUCGAUGAGGUGGACAGCAGCGUCACCAGGACCGAUGAGAAGUUCAAGAAGAUCUUCAAGGAAGCUGGAAUGACCGUCUUCCUCUCGGAGAUUCAGACGGGAUUCCCGAAGAACUUUAGGCUCUUACCGGUCAGAUCUUACGCGUUACGGCCCAAUAGCUGA